ACAAAAAUGUAUGAUUAAAAAACAAUUCUAUGCUGUGUUUUCUGAAACGUCUAUUAUUUUUUUUAAAUACGUUAACUUAAUACCUACGAAGUUGAAGGGAACAGUCAUCAAAACUGAUUACAAGAUGUUUAAAAGUAAUUUACUUACACUAUAAAAGUAUUUUAUAUCUAUUUCGUGACAUUAACAUAAUAAAUAGGAGUAGUUAUGGUUACAUUCUAUAAAACGCGCAACGAAGCAAAAUGGAUUACCGCGCCUGCAUUUUCUGUUUAAUUAUAUUUAUGGAAACACCAAUGGUAUUUUCGUGUCUAACAGAGGAACAAAGUGAAGCUUGUGAUGCUGUGUUUAGUUCAGACGCAAUGAAAUGGAGUUGUUGCUCACCUAUGCAAGAAUUCGUCGACAUCACUCGGGAUUGCCAGAAACAGACCAAGUCAAGAAGAUUUACGUGCGCCGUCUCAGAGUGCGUCACAGCGAAAUACGGAAUCCUAACCAAAGGUCAGAUCGAUGAAAAUAAAGUGAGGGCUUUGAUAAAGAAUCUGAACGCAAACCAACCAGAGUCCACGAACCUAAAUAGUCAGGUUUUGAAGAACUGCUUGAAAAUGAAGUACAGACAAUACAGUACCGUCGAUCCGAAGUGUGACGUCAUGAAGUUCCACAGCUGCGCUUUCAUAGGAUACAUGUUUGGAUGUCAACAGUUCAUUCAACGAUCGAGAUAUUGCAAGAAAUUAUCUUCCAACGUGGCAACCUGUAAGCCAGUUUUUAAACAAUACCUUAAAAAGAUUACGCCGUGUCAAUGAAAGAAAAGCUCUGAUUU